AUGAAGAUCUCUGCAUCUUCGUCCAUUCUUUUUGCAGUCAGCAAUCUGCUGCUGCUCGCUGGCCAUGCCGUUGCUGAAGAAUCAUGCGCGUGCUCUGUCCGCUACAUUGUGGUGGAAAUGCCCAGCCAGGUCCCUACCAUGACAGCUGCGCAGAUUGAGAGUGCUAAACCCUCCGAGACUGUCAAGAUUCCCAAGGCUUCCGAGACUGUCACGACCACGAUUCGCCCAGCAACUGCUACUGCUCAGCACAACACCACCGUCAUCUUUACGCCUGUUCCUCACCCAGACGAGGAUCACUCCAACCCCGAGAACUGUGUCCCUAAGAAGAAGGUCAAGCUGUCCUAUGGCGCCCCCAAGGGAACUGUCCCUGGAGGAAACGUUCCCGGCAACAAGACCGCAGAUGGUGCCAUCAACAUGAAGAUCGACAUGAACAAGCCUGCUGUUGCUCUCGACACCAUCGGAUCCAUCACUAAGGUUCAGUGCAGCGGCGACUCCAUCACCGUCGAGUUUGGAAAGGGAGAGGGUUUCAAAAAGGCCAAGGAGUCUUGGCUCAAGUACAGCGACUUUACCAUCAUCACCAGUGGCUCAAGCGGCUGCGACUCUGGAUCUCAGCGUACCUUUAUCUCGGUUGGAAAUGUUUCUCCCGAUGAGAAGAAGCAGACCAUUACCUGCAGUGCCACCAAGGUGGAUAUUUCAGAGGUGGCUGACAGCUUUGAGAUGGACUUUACUUCUAUUCCUUCUUCUACCCUCAAGAAGCGCCUCACGCUUGAUCCUAGCGUUGCCCUGAGCUUUGGAGCUGGACUGCCAGAGGAUACCAUCCUGUUCAAGGAAGACCCCUGGGUGACUGUCAAGGCCGACCAGGCCGAGUUUGCGUCCACUGUCACCUUCUCAGGAUACCUCAAGUACAACUUUUGGGGAUUCAAGCUCGAGCAUCUCUACUUUGACAUUGACACCCAGUUCUCUGCCGACGUUGCCCUGAGCGCCGAUGUCGCAGCUGCUUGGUCUCGCUCCAUUCUCUACGACCCUGAUUCUCUCACUUUCAACCUUAUCGACGUUCCAGGAAUCGUCUCUCUCGGUCCCGGUGUCGGCUUUGCUGUUGGCGUCGACAUUGAUGCUUCAGGCGCUGUUUCCGUCACCGCUGGUGCUGGCAUCUCUAUCCUUGAUGGAAACGUCCACCUCGAUGUCCUUGACUCAGCCAAGAACUCUGCCACCGGCUGGGUUCCCCAGUACACUUCUUACGCCAACGUCAGCGAGAGUGUCGAAGUUGGACUCAACGCUAGCACCUCCGUGACUGUACAACUGGCCGUCAAGGUUCUUGGAGGACUCAUCGACCUUAGCAGCGGUCUUACAGCUACGCCCGCUCUGAUCAACAAAUUUACCCUCGAUUCUGAGCAGUCUGCCAGCGCUUCAACCAACGGAACAGCUACGCAUGUUGGAGGCACUGGAGGAGUUGUCGGAGACUGUGAUGUCACCUUCAAGUCUGACUUUGUCUUUGAUCUCGUUGGAUUUGCUACAAAGUGGUGGAGCGCCAAUCUGUACCAUGUCGAGCUCCCCAUCACUGAUGUCUGCUAUGAUUUCGAUGCUCCCAAGACCACGCAGAGCACGGUGGCUGGAACGGUUGUUUAA